AUGGUUUGUAAUGGACGAAUGGUUCUCACUUUUAUUGGUAGAAACACUCUUGAUGAUCCACUGUAUAGGGAUUGUUGUCACUUCUGGACACUGUUAUUCGAAUCUCUGUGCGGCCUAGUCUUUGAGGGUAUUGUGAGUGCAUCUAAGGUUGAUUCAUUCAACAUGCCGUUUUAUGAUCCAAGUAAAGAAGAAGUGAAAGAGGUGAUUGAAAAGGAAGGCUCAUUUGAGAUAAAUGACUUGGAGAUUCAUGGAUUUGAUCUCGGGCAGAGUAGUAACCACAAGGAAUGUAAAGCAGGGGAAAGGAAGCCAAGUGUAUCAGACCGGUGA